AUGGGGCGGCUCUUCUCCGGUGUCAGACUGCGCACCGCCCUGCUCACCGACGCCCGUCUGAAGUACAUGAAUGAGAUCAUCAAUGGAAUGCGAGUGAUCAAGAUGUACGCCUGGGAGGGGCCGUUUGCCAGUCGAGUCGCCGAUGCCAGAAAAGCUGAGGUUUCCCAGGUGAAGCGAGGCCUCUUCCUGAAGGCGAUCAACCUGAGCAUGUUCUUCGUGAGCUCCUUCCUGAUGAGCCUCCUCAAUGAGCUGCCCGUGGAGGCGGGCCGCGUGGAGGUGGAGGGCAGCGUGGCGUACGCUAGCCAGGACGCCUGGUCUUUUCAGGACAGCGUCCGCAACAACGUUCUCUUCGGCAUGGACUACGAUGACAAGCGCUACCAGAAGGUAGUGGAGGUGUGUGCCCUCCAGCGCGACCUCACACUGAUGCCCUUCGGCGACCGGACGCUGGUCGGCGAGAAAGGAGUCAGUUUGAGCGGUGGCCAGCGAGCGAGGAUAAACCUGGCAAGAGCGGUGUACCGAGACGCCGACAUUCUCCUGCUGGACGACCCGCUCUCCGCCGUGGACACCAGCGUGGCGGAGCACAUCUUUGAACGGUGCGUUCUAGAGCACCUGAAGGAGAAGAUUCGCAUUCUGGUCACCCAUCAGGUGCAGUUCAUCGAGAAGGCGACCAAGAUUCUGGUGCUGAAGGAGGGGCAGGUUUUUGCCUUUGGCAGCUACAAUGAGUUGCAGCAGCUGGGCAUUGACUUUAUGAGCCUUUUGUCGGAGCCAGAGAAGGACCGGAAAAGUGAAAGUGGGGAUGGGGACUCCCUUUCCCGCGACCGAACCACUUCAACGCUCAGUCUGGAGCGGUCCAUCAGCGUGCAGAGCUGUGUCAGCUCGGAUGCGCUCAAGGGCCGCUCGAGGACGCUCUCUUCGGCAAAGGCGACCGAAAGCUUUGAGGUGCAGAAUCCCGAGGGUGAUGACGACGACGACAAUCAGGCAUUAGAAGAAUCAACCGAAAUUAAAGCAGAAGAGGAGAAAUUCAGCCGUGGCUCAAUCAAGGGUCGCGUCUACAAGGAGUACCUGAAAGCUGGGUCAGGGCCGGUGAUGUUCAUUGCCAUGAUCUUCUUCACCGUCGCCUCGCAGGUGCUCUUCCACGGCUCGGACUACUUUCUCACUUACUGGACCGACAACAACCAGCGCGAUGACACUGUGGUGGAUGAGUCGCGGCAGACCACUGACAUCAUCAUUUACUCGGCGCUGGUGGCCGCCCUCUUCGUCACCACCAUCCUCCGCUCCGUCUUCUUUUUCGUCAUCUGCAUGACCGCCAGCGUCAAUCUGCACAAUAAGAUCUUCGCCCGUCUGCUGCGCGCCCAACUGGCUUUCUUUGACGCCAAUCCCGCUGGUCGCAUAUUGAACCGCUUCACCAAGGACCUGGGCAUCAUUGACGAGAAUCUGCCCACGACGGCGUACGACCUCAACCUGACCAUCGGCCAGGCAAUCGGCGUCAUCAUCACCGUCAGCAUCGUCAACUACUACCUUGUUCUGCCGGCAAUUGUCCUCGCAGGGCUGAUAGUCUACAUUCGCGGCAUCUACAUCAAGUCGGCGCGGGACAUUAAGCGAUAUGAGGGCCUUGCCCGAUCGCCCGUCUACUCGCACGUUUCGACCACCAUUGCCGGGCUGGCGAGCAUUCGCGCCUACGGAGCUCAAGCGCAGUUUGAGCGGCAAUUCUACAACUACCAAAAUGACCACAGUGCCACGUGGUUCAUCUUCAUCAGCUCCUCGCGAGCGAUGGGCCUGAUGAUGGACUGGAUCAGCACCCUUUACAUCUGCAUCAUCACCCUUGUGGUGAUGCUCAGUGGCAGCAUUCAGGGCGGCGAGGCCGGCCUGGCAAUCUCUUCUGGUCUGAUGCUUGCUGGAAUGACGCAAUGUUACGGUGUUAGGCAAUCGGCUGAAUUCGAGUCGCAG